GAAAGUGAGUUCAUUCCCUCGAGCCGAGGAGACAGAGCGCAGGCGACAGGCUUUCUGCCCUUCCGUUCAUAUCCAGCACCACAAAUCAGCGAGACCACGGACGGACCUUUACACCGAGCCCGGCCAUGGACGAGCAGGCGGGGCCCGGCGUGUUCUUCAACAAUAAUAACAACUCUGUGUUAGCGGGCGGUGGGAAAGGACCGCUGCCCGACGGCGACGCUGGGGAGGCGGCUAGAGCGCAGUACAGUAUCCCGGGGAUCUUGCACUUCCUGCAGCACGAAUGGGCCCGUUUCGAAGUAGAGAGGGCACAAUGGGAGGUGGAGCGGGCCGAACUACAGGCCCAGAUCGCCUUCCUGCAGGGGGAGAGGAAAGGCCAGGAGAACUUGAAGAAAGACCUUGUGAGGAGGAUCAAAAUGCUGGAAUACGCACUGAAACAAGAGAGAGCAAAGUUCCACAAAUUGAAAUAUGGGACAGAGUUGAAUCAAGGUGACAUGAAGCCUCCGAGCUACGACUCUGACGAUGCCAACGAGAAUGAGUCUUCUGGAUCGCUCAACAACCAGCUGUCCUGGAAACAAGGACGUCAGCUCCUCAGACAGUACCUGCAGGAGGUGGGCUACACAGACACCAUCUUAGAUGUAAAGUCCCAGCGGGUCCGAGCGCUGCUAGGACUAGCCGGGGACGGAGGCGGGAACGGGGAACGGACCAGUACUGAGCCUUUGGUCAAUGGGACAGACGCAUCAACAAAGGGAUUGGGCACCAGAGGGAAAGCUGAGCUCUCUGACACUAGCGCUGUACUGGAGGCCUUCAAGUUCAUUGAGAAUGCAGCAGCUGAGUUCAGCGAUGAUGAUGAUGAAGAGGAUAGCGAGGGGAGGGACAGGACUAAUGUGGAAUCUAGAACGAUCCUGAGGAAGAAGCCCACGUCGUCAACAACGCCGGCCAGUAUGGACACCAGUGAAGACCCGGACACAGAGGAGGCACUGAAGGGCUUUGACUUCCUGUCCAGUCCUGACGAGAUGGACACCUCGCCAGAGUCCAGAGGCAACGGGGACGGCACAGACUGGGAGAAGGACGAGCAAGGUCCCAUUUCUGAGGCCUGGGAGGUGGACCCGGGCAUGAUAACCAAACUCAAGGAGCAGUACAGAAAGGAGCGCAAGGGGAAAAAGGGGGUGAAGAGGCCAAACCGGUCCAAGCUCCAGGACAUGCUGGCUAACUUGAGAGAUGCAGAGGACUUGUCCCACAUGCAGCCUCCACCGUCCGCCCCCCAGUCCCGGCCCAACGCGGUCCGGUUCAACGAACACGAUGGGAACCGACCGGAUGAAGUUGAGGCGCUGACCUUCCCGCCCACCUCAGGGAAGUCGUUCAUUAUGGGAACAGACGAGGCCAUGGAGAGUGAGCUUGGCCUGGGGGAGCUUGCUGGACUCACUGUGGCCAACGAGGCCGACAGUCUGGCAUACGAUAUUGGCAACAAUAAGGAUGCCAUGAGAAAAACAUGGAAUCCCAAAUUCACUCUGCGGAGCCAUUUUGAUGGGAUUCGAGCUCUGGCCUUUCACCCCGUGGAGCCUGUCCUGGUCACUGCUUCAGAGGAUCACACGCUCAAGAUGUGGAACCUGCAAAAGACAGCUCCUGUAAAAAAGAGUGCAUCUUUAGAUGUGGAACCAAUCUACACUUUCAGGGCCCACAGGGGGGCUGUACUGAGUGUGGUGAUGAGCAGUUCAGGGGAGCAGUGUUUCAGCGGAGGGGUUGACGGGACUAUACAGUGCUGGAACACCCCCAAUCCCAACAUCGACCCCUACGACUCCUACGACCCAUCGAUGCUGCGCGGAGCGUUGUGUGGACACACUGACUCGGUCUGGGGUUUGGUGUACAGCAGCGCACACCAGCGCCUCCUCUCCUGCUCGGCAGACGGGACCGUGAGACUGUGGGACGCCAACACCACUUCCCCCGCCCUCGCAGUGUUUAACGAAGACAAAAAGCUGGGAGUUCCCUCCUCAGUAGACCUGGUGUGCAGUGAACCAGCCCACCUGGUCACCUCCUUCACAAACGGGGAAAUUGGCCUCUUCAACAUGGAGACCCGCCAGCUGGUCCUCAAUCUCGAGUCCAAUUUGGAGCCAGGCACUCCCUGUCAGAUCAAUAAGGUCCUCAGCCACCCUACUCUCCCCAUCACCAUCACUGCACAAGAGGACAGACACAUCAAGUUCUUUGACAACAACAGCGGGAAGCUGAUUCACUCCAUGGUGGCUCACCUAGACGCUGUCACAAGCUUAGCUGUAGAUCCUAAUGGACUUUAUCUCAUGUCAGGCAGUCACGACUGCUCAAUCCGUCUGUGGAACCUGGACAGUAAAACCUGCAUCCAGGAGUUCACGGCUCACAGGAAGAAGUUUGAGGAGUCGAUCCACGAUGUGGCGUUUCAUCCGUCUAAAUGCUACAUCGCCAGCGCCGGGGCGGACGCUCUCGCCAAAGUGUUCGUAUGACGUGGAGCUGCGUGUCCCCCUGCAGCCCCCGCUCUCUGACUCAUCCUCCCAUGAUCAGGGACCAAAAGAGACACAGGAAGGGAAGGGCCUUCAGGCAUGGGUCCAGUCCCACCUCUCACAGCCCACUGGUUUCCUGUCAGACUGGUAAACUAUGUAGCCGCUAGCCUCAAAGGGGCGUGACUCUCCAUAAAGAGGGUCGACAGGGAGGGCAAGACAGGAGGACUCCAUCUACCAUCCAGGCAGGCCUGGGUGUGACCGGCCACAGCGCCCUCCACCCUCACCCCUCGACAGACCUAAACUUAACCUCCGUAGCUAGGAGGCUCAGGACAAGUGUUAAAGAGUGUGAAGUGGAGAAAUGAGGUUUCAAGCCGGUCUUCUGCCCCUGUGACUUCACGCUCAUCCCAAAUCCCUCUGGCCCUCGACCUUCCCUCUCAGACACAACCAGGUCCGGACCCUUUACUCCAAGUCAGGUUUUUGUGUUUGUGUCGUUCCAGAAAUGUGGGGUACUGAAGGCUCGCUGGAGCUGUCGUGGAAGCCUCUCACUUCUUCUUCUCUGCUUCCCAGACGGACUCUGCUUGCUGGCCGGCCUUUAUUUUACUUUUUAAAAACACGUAUUGACAAAUGUGCCUUUGCUUUUAAAAGGUCUUGAAAAUGUUAUUUUAACAAGCUUGUUUUUGGGGAACAGGGAGGGAGCGGACGGCGGACAAAUGGAGCUGGUUGUCACAAUGUUGUUGAUUUUAACAUUGGAUGUAAAAUUACAAAUGCUUAUAAUAAACAAAAUAUAUAUUCAGUCUUAAAAUUUACUGUGCAGCCUGAGUUUGAGUGCUCCUUUUUUGAUAAGUGUGGUUGGGGAAUCAAUUUUGUGCAUUUCACUGCAAAGCUGGUAGAGUGAUACAGACCAUUAAAUAUAAUGCCUGUGUGUUAAAUUCAAGUAACUGUACACUUUAGAAAUAAGAUUACAAGCAUAUGUGUCCAAAGUAAACCAUCUUGGUUAUAUAAUUACAAUUCAAACUUGGUUCUAGAUGUCCAUUUUAGGAUGAACUAAUUGAUUUUGGCCAGUUUGCUCUUGUGUGAAUUGAAUGGCUUGUACUGUUUGUAGAUUUCCCAAACUGUGCGGACAUGCUCGACUACAAUGUGAUGUAUCAUGUCCGGAUAUUUACAGUAGUCCAGUGUUUAGCAGGAAAUUAGUGCAGUACUGUGGGACUACUUUGAAUUAAUGAGUUAACCAUCCAACACAGACAAGAGAAAUGUCCUGGCAAAUUCCAGUUUACUGUGAACUGUGAGGACGAAGCUAUCUGGGGUGAAAAACAAAAUCAAUUUAAGAUGUUGUGCGUGUAGAGUACAGCUUCAAAUGAGCCAUUUUCUCAGUCACUGGUUUGUAUAUGAAAGUAUGUUCAAAAUAAAACCUGCUGUAAA